AUGGAUAGUAAUUAUUCAGCUAUUCCUAAACAUCAGUAUGUUGAAUUACACGCGAAAGAUGGAUUUGGAUCAAAAAAUCCAUCUUCGAGAUUGAUUUCUCCUGAUAAUGAAAAUGGGUAUCUAAAUCCAAACAAUGCUCAUGAUUUAGAGGUUGAAGAUGGUGUUGAUUUUGAUGAUUUGCCCCUUAUUUUUGGUAAAAGAGAAUCCGGAUCUGGGAUUUAUGGUGCUGUUUUCAAUCUCACCACCAGUAUAAUUGGGGCAGGCAUCAUGGCCUUGCCUGCCACAAUGAAGGUUUUGGGCUUGGUUUUAGGUGUAAUUUUAAUAUUCUUGAUGGGUAUUUUGUCAGAGCUAAGUGUUGAGUUGCUUGUUCGAUUUUCGGUCCAAUGUAAUGCGUCGUCGUAUGGGGAGGUUGUUCAGGCUGCACUGGGGAGGACAGCUAGGAUUAUAUCAGAAAUUUGCAUAAUUGUGAAUAAUGCUGGCGUAUUGAUCGUGUAUUUGAUCAUAAUUGGGGAUGUUAUGUCUGGGUCGAUCCGUCAUAUUGGGGUUUUCGAUCAAUGGUUGGGUCACGGCGUGUGGGAUCAUAGGAAGCUAGUGAUCAUGGUUGUAAUGGUGCUUUUUCUUGCACCACUCUGUGCUUUGGACAAGAUUGAUUCAUUGAGCAUGACAUCGGCUGCUUCUGUAGCACUGGCAGUGCUGUUUGUUGUUGUUGCAUUUGUAAUAGCCAUUAUUAAGCUCGUUGAAGGGAAAAUUGAGGCUCCGAGGAUGGCACCGGAUUUUGGGUCCAAGCAGGCUAUUUUGGAUUUGCUAGUGGUGAUUCCUAUAAUGUCAAAUGCUUAUGUUUGUCACUUUAAUGUUCAGCCUAUUUAUAAUGAGCUUGAAGGACGGUCACCUCACAAAAUGUACCGAGUAGGGAGGAUGACAACCAUUAUUUGCGUUUUGGUGUAUGCUUCAACUGCCAUAGCUGGGUAUUUACUCUUUGGAAAGGAUACUGAAUCUGAUGUGCUAACUAAUUUUGAUAAGGAUCUUGGGAUUCGUUUCAGCACAGCUUUAAACUACAUUGUCCGAAUUGGAUAUGUUUUUCAUUUGGUUCUUGUGUUCCCUGUUAUACAUUUCUCCUUACGACAAACAGUGGAUACCUUGCUCUUUGAAGGACUCAAUCCCCUCACAGAGAGCAAGAAAAGGUGUAUGGUCUUAACUGUGGUGCUCUUAGGACUUGUAUACUUGGGCUCCACUAUGAUCCCCAACAUUUGGACAGCAUUUAAGUUUACAGGAGCGACCACAGCUGUUUCCUUGGGGUUCACAUUCCCAUCUCUCAUAGCAUUGAGGUUAAGCAAAGAAGGGAACGGAUUGAGCCACUGUGAGAGGUUCUUGUCUUGUUUGAUGUUGACAUUAGCAAUCAUCGUUAGCCUCGUUGGGGUGAUUGGCAAUAUAUAUAGCAUCCAAAGCCAGUCUGAAUGA